AUUAAUUAUUGAGUUACAUCUACAGGCUAAAUAUCAAACAUGUAAAAAUAAACGAUAUGAUUAUUAUCUAAUAAUCAUAAUAUACAUUAAAUAUAAACAUAGGCGUCAUUGAAUCUCUUAAAUAAUCAAGAUGUAAAAUCUUGGUCCAAAGGUUCUCUUGUGAUGAUUGUCCAUUCAUUAUUCAUAUCAAGUUAUGAUUUAUAUUAAUAAUAAAAAUAAAUUAUUUCACAUUUUAAAAAACAAGACAUAAAAAUUUAUCUGCUCAUAUUUAUUUCAAUACAAAACGACAUGUAAAAGCAUCAGUAGCAAUUAAGUGAAGGCUGACUCAUAAUUUUAAGUUGUCAAUAAUAAAAGACUGUCAUUAAGAAGUAAAGGCUUUAAUUAAAUGUAUAUGUAAAUUACUUUAAUUAAUAAUUACCCACAUAAUAUCCACAAGCAAUGGAAGCUACUGAAGAAUCAACUGUCAAACGUAAAUCUAUUGGUCGUUUAUUGAAACGUAUUCCUCAAAAUAUUGCUACAACUGUUGAACAUUUUUUUUAUAGUUUAGGAAUACAAAUAGCAAGACAACCAAUAAUAUGGAUAUUAGGAUGUUCAAUAGUAGUUUUAUUGUGCAUAGGAGGUUUGUACCGUUUCCGUCAAGAAAAAAAUCCAUUGAAAUUAUGGGUACCACCGGAUUCCGACUUUGUGAAAGACACUGAAUGGUUGAUGGAGCGUUUUGGUGAAGGACAACGCGUUGAGACUGUGAUUAUGACUGCUGAUGAUGUUUUACAACCUCAUGUUUUAUUUGAAAUGAAUGAAAUAAUAAAACGUAUCAUGUCUAUGGAGACUGAUAGUCAACCAAAGCUUUAUUGGACUGAUGUUUGUUUUAAGAUUCCUAUAAUAUCUGGGUACACAAAUCGUGAAAAACGUGAUAUAGAAGAUGACGAUUUUUUUGAAGAAGAACCAGCAGCACGUUCAGAUAAAAUAAAUUUCGAUCCUUCAGUUCAUGCGCCGACAAAAGUAUACUGCGAUAUUUUAAAUAAUUUACCGACAGGUUGCCUUAUUCUGAGCAUACUUGAUUUAUGGGAGUAUAAUUCUGAUUUAAUAUUUAAUCAAACAAAAGCUGAUAUUAUUAAAAAAAUAAAUUCUGCUGAAAUAAGUCCAACUUUGGGUCAUCCGAUGAAUUUUACUGAAUUAUUAGGUGGCACUGUCACCGAUGACACGGGUAAAAUUGUCAGCGCUAAGGCUCUCAAGACUCACUGGAUGCUGCACGUUGAUUUUAAACAAAUAAAUAUGAAUGACGCCGGCAAUGAUGUUGGAACUUCUGACUGGGCAACGCUUGAUGUAUUAAAUUGGGAAAGUGCCUUUAUAAAUCAACUUCACUCGAGCUCUGAGUAUUUAAAAAAAAAUAAUCUCAUUACUAAUCAAUCAUUGGAGAUAUGGUAUGAAGCCGGUCGUAGUUUUGGUGACAUAAGUGCCUCGACAAUGUUCCAAGAUAUAAAAAAAGUAAUAAUAGGAAUAGUUUUAAUGACUCUGUACGUCCAGAUUAUUCUAUCCCGUUUCAAUUGGUUAGAAUGGCGCUUUUGUUUAACGAGCGCUGGCUUGUUAUGCGUUGGAGGAGCUUUUGUUGUAGCUGUUGGACUAUGCUCUCUAUUUGGUGUGCCUUAUGGACCAGUACACUCUUCGUUACCUUUUAUGCUGAUGGGUCUUGGUGUAGAUGACAUAUUUGUAAUGAUGGCAUCUUGGGAAGAAGUCUUAUCGCACGAGUCAAAUCGUGUUAAAUCUGUUGAAGAGCGUAUUGGUAUCAUGUUAAGUCAUGCAGGUGCUGCUAUUUCAAUAACAUCUUUGACGGAUGUUGUUGCAUUUAUUAUUGGUGCAUCUACGAUUCUUCCAUCACUAGAAUCAUUUUGUAUUUACGCAGCAGUUGGAGUUCUUGUUACUUUUUUAUUGCAAGUAACAUUUUUCGUAGCAGUAUUUACGCUGGAUGUAAGACGAAUUGAGAGUAAACGUAACGGAGUAAUACCAUGUAUAGUACAUAAAAAUCAUCAAACACCACAAGUUGAUCCAAGUAAAACAAUAUCAUGGCGUAUAUUUAACUGGCUCUACUCCAAAAUAGUAUUGACAUUAUCAGGAAAAAUAUUUAUUAUAUUAAUAACCGCAUCAGUGACUGUCAUCGGUGGCAUUGGUGCUUACAAUCUCGAACAAUGGUUCGAUCCCAACUGGUUUUUACCAAAAGAAUCUUAUCUCAGUAAUUAUAUUAAUAUUAAUGAUAAACAAUUUCCAAAUCGCGGUAACCCAGCGGCUAUCUACAUCGCGGAUAUUGAUUAUCUAAAUGAAUUUCCAAAAUUAAUAACAGUUACCGAGAGAUUAAUUAACAUGACAACUAUUAUUAAUAGUGUUGAAUCUUGGCCGCAUGACUUCGCUGAUUUUGUAACACUUCACUAUGAAAUAGAUGUCACAAAUAAUAACACAGUAACAGUAGAUGAUUUUAAUUUUUAUCUAUCAAAAUUUUUAUUCAGUCGAAGUGGAGGCCGCUAUCAGAAAAAUUUUCGGUUCAAUGGAACACUGACAUGUGGAAAAAAUACACCAAAAAUAAUGCUCUCUAGUAUAAGUUUAUCAUUUAAAAAGUUUAGCGGACCAGAUGAAUGGAUACCCGCAAUGGAUGCUGUUAAAUUAGUGGUUAAAGAAACAAAUUUUAGCAACUACGCUACCAUAUGGAGUAAAAUAUUUGCUGCCUGGGUAACAGACAAAGUAAUUGCUCGUGAAGUUACGCGUAAUAUAAUACUUGCACUUAUUUGUGUGAUGGGUACUACUGCAGUGUUGAUAGCUGAACCGCAGACGUGUAUUUGGAUACUUUUGUGCGUCAGUUUAACUCUUGUUGACAUUUGUGGAUUCAUGUAUUACUGGGGAUUAUCUGUUGACAUUGUUUCCUGUAUAGGACUUGAAUUAGCAGUGGGCUUAAGUGUUGAUUAUGCAGCGCACGUAGCCCACGCAUUUUUAAACAGUAAAUCACCUAAUGACGCCGGAGGCGAUGAAAAUAAUCGUACUGUAAGGGCAUUAAUUGCCGUAAGACAUAUCGGUGCGGCGGUACUUUAUGGCGCUGGUUCAACAUUACUCGCUCAAUCGCUUCUAGCGUUUUCUGAAGCAUACGUUUUCCGAACAUUUUUCAAGAUAUUUUUCCUCGUUAUUUCAUUCGGCGUCUGGCACGGCCUCUUCUUGCUGCCAGUAAUUUUAAGCUCCAUUGGUCCACAGAGUCUACAAGUCGGUAGAACUAAAAUUGAUAAAAAUACUAGUAAUAAUGAUAAAAAUAAUGCAAUCGUACUAGACAGUGAUAUUGAUUCGAAGGACUUGAGUGCACAAAUCCCUCUAAAUUUUAUACAAAACGAUUAAUUAUAUUUUAUUUAUAAAUAAAUAAAUAUUUUGUAUCCUCAUUCAUCUUUAUCAAUAAUAUUUAUUUUUGGUUCAAUAAACAUACAAAAUUAUUACACUAUUCAUACUUAUUAAUCACACAUUUAUACAAAAAUAAUAAUAAUUAUUGAAGUAAUAAUAAUAAUAAUAAUUAUAAAAUUGGAUAACUUAAAAAAAAACGGUAUUAUUUAUAUAUAUAUUAAAAUUAAAAACAAGUAGAAAAUAAAAUGUUGGAUCCUGUGAUGAUUUUGUUUAUUGAUCCGUUAAUAAAACUGUUUAAUUAUAAAUAAUUGUAAAUAAAAUAAAGUAAAAUAAAUGACUAUUGUAAAACGUAAAGGUAAAAAUUGUAUUGUAUGCAUUAUUUAUAUAUAUUUAUUAAUUUUUAUUUUAUUUAUAUAUAUUUAUAUUUAUACUCGUAAUUAAUAAUGACGUAAAAAUGAGCGGCGAGGGGAAUCACCCAAUCGACAGGUAGUUAAACCCCCAUCGCUGUCUCUCUCAGUCUUACACAGUUCAUAUGCAUUCAUUCAUUUAUUCAUGCGUACCCUUAUCAAUUUUAUUUCAUUUUCAUUUUUAUUUUUAUUUACUUAUUUUCUUUUUUUUAUUAUUAUUAUUAAUAUUAUUAUUAUUAUAAGUAUUAUUAUUAUUAUAGUUUUCAAUCCUUUUUUUAUUUAUUUUUCAUACCCCGUAAAAUCGUGCUCGUUAUUCAAAUAAUAAUUUUUAAAUUUCUCCGUCUCUCCUGAUCGGCCGCGGACGGAGCAGCAAGUGAUCCUCGACAAACUUACGAUUUUAAAUUAAAUUAUAAAAUUAUUGU